ACAAGAGCGUCUGAAGAGAGAACCACAGACGCGUCGCUCAGGUAGUAAAGGGGGCAGAUCCGGGAUCAGAUACGAGGGGACGGUGGGGCUGCUUAGCUCACACCCAUCGGGUUGUUUUUCUCUCUCUUUCAAGGCAACGGCUCCUCGCUGCCUUAAAACCCUCAAAAUCGGCUCCUCGUUUGAGAGAAACUAUGGUGGCUAAAAACCGAAAACAGACCGGGAAGAGUCCCGCGACCCAGGCGGACCGCGACCGGAGCCCGCUCGUCUCGCCCCCGGGGAAAAGUGCCGCUCGUCGGCCGGGCAGAGGAGGAGAGGGCAAGGCUUCCAACGGCUCUCACGCGAACGGGCUGUCGGGCAUCAGACACAAGCUCGGGCUGACUCCCUCCGCGGUCGCGAGGCUGGGGAUCACCCUCCUCCUCGCUGCUCUGACUGGGUAUCUCCACUGGCAUCAUCUCUCACAGCUGUUUGAGAAUGACAGGCACUUCUCACACUUGUCAAACCUGGAGAAGGAAAUGGCUUUCCGGACGGAGAUGGGUCUGUACUAUUCCUACUACAAGACCAUCAUUGACGCUCCGGCUUUCCUGGACGGCCUCCACGUGGUCAUGAACGAUCGGCUGACGGAGUACCCCCUGGUCAUCAACACGCUGAAGAGGUUCAACCUCUACCCGGAGGUGGUCCUGGCCAGCUGGUACCGGAUGUACACGGGUGUGAUGGGAUACGUUGGCAUUCCCACAAAGAUGUGCUGGUCCAUCAACCGAGGAGAGGGACUCACUCCUGUGGACAGCUGUGAAGGGUUGGGCGACCCGGCGUACUUCUACGUGAGCGUUGUGUUCCUGCUGAACGGCGCGAUGAUGAGCCUGUUCUUCAUCUACGGUGCCUACCUCAGCGGCAGUCGACUGGGCGGCGUCGUUACCGCCGUGUGUUUCUUCUUCAACCACGGAGAGAGCACGCGUGUGAUGUGGACUCCGCCUCUCAGGGAGAGCUUCGCCUACCCCUUCUUGGUCCUGCAGAUGCUCCUCCUCACCUACAUCCUACGGACACGGAACCCGAGCAGGACGGCCAUGGUCGCCCUGGGCGUCUCCAAUGUGUGCUUCAUGCUGCCUUGGCAGUUCGCCCAGUUUGUGCUGCUCACUCAGGUGGCUUCUCUGUUUGCGUCCUACAUCCUGGGUUACCUCGCCGCCAGCAAGAUGCAAUCCAUCCUGGUCACUCACAUGGUCACGCUCGCCGUCUGCUUCGUCCUGAUGUUCGGCAACUCCAUGCUGCUCACGUCCUUCUACGCCUCCUCGCUCGUCUCCAUCUGGGCCAUCAUUGCGUUGAAGGAUCGAUUUGCUCGAGUCUUCAAAGUGGGCGUCGUCCUCUGGGUCAUGCAGGGUUUGGCUUGGGUCGGCUCCACAGUCCUGUUUAAGUUCAUGCUGUCCAGUGUCCUCUGUGCCUCGGAUGAUGCUCACAUCAGCGGACUCAUCAAGUCUAAGUUCACGAGCUACAAGGACUUCCACACUCUGAUGUACACGUGUGCUGCAGAAUUUGACUUCAUGGAGUUGGAGACGCCGCUACGUUACCUCAGGACGCUGCUGCUGCCCAUCAACAUGCUGGUGGUCGCUCUCAUCGCUGGGAGGACCGUCCAGGACGUGGUCCGGUUCCUGAGGGGCGGCGCCAAGGCGUCCGUCAGGCCGGACGACGCCGAUGAAGCUGCAGGGUCUGAAAUCGCAGCGAAGGGAGAGCUGGUGUACCACAGCCUGCAGCUGGUGGCGUUCGCCGUCCUCGCCGUCCUCAUCAUGCGCCUGAAGCUCUUCCUGACGCCGCACAUGUGCAUCAUGGCGUCGCUCAUCUGCUCCAAGCAGUUGUUCGGCUGGAUCGGGGAGAGGUUCAAACACCAGCUCGCCGUGUUUGCCGUCAUGGCCAUCAUGGCCGUCCAGGGCGUGGCCAACCUGCAGGCCCAGUGGGCGAUCAUCGGAGAGUUCAGCAACCUGCCGCAGGAGGAGCUGCUGGGCUGGAUCCAGGACAACACCCGCCCUGACGCUGUGUUUGCUGGGGCCAUGCCCACCAUGGCCAGCGUGAAGCUCUCCACGGGUCGGCCCAUCGUCAACCACCCCCACUAUGAAGACGCUGGUCUGAGGGAGAGGACCAAGCUGGUGUACUCCAUGUACAGCCGCAUGUCUGGAGAGACGGUGCAGGGGAACCUGAUGAAGCUGGGAGUGGACUUCUUCGUGUUGGAGGACUCGUGGUGCACCAGGAGAACCAGGCCCGGGUGCAGCAUGCCAGAGAUUUGGGACAUUGAGGACCCCCUGAAUGCUGGUAGAAUUCCCUUCUGCACUCACAUGUCCAGGAGCUCCACGCCCCACUUCAUCACAGUGUUCGCCAACGAUAUUUACAAAGUUCUCAAAGUCCCCAAAGCCGCCAAAGACCUCAGAUAACACCGUGUGGCCUCCAGUUUUACAAGGUUUUGAUCAGUCACCGCUUUUUACUCCUCCUCCACCUCCGUCGGCCAGCGGCGAUCCCCGAGCGGUUUCAUUUAGAUCGUUGCAUCGGUUCUGUUCUAUAGAAUCUUUUUAUUUUUUUUAAGAAUCAUCAUUUUUCUUUUGACUUGAAGUACAAUUUGUCUGGCGUGAACCAACCGACGAUGUCCACGUACUGUGAAGCAAUACCCUUUGCAAACUCGACGUAAGCUGACUUCUUCUUCUUUUUAUAUAAUUUAUUUGUGCAAACUUCAAAGUGUUAAAGGAAUAAUUCACCUCCUUCGGCCCAUAUGGUCCCAGAGAACGUUUUCCAUCUAAUUGGCAUAUCAAUGCAAAACAGACUUUGACGGAGGAAAAAGAUUAUUUUAACAUCUGAAAAAUGUUAUGAAGCAUUAUCCAAGUGUCUUGUAUCCAAGCAAAUCAACAUCUUCACCCAACUAUUGCUCACAAAGCAUUUCCUGGUUCCCCUUUUCUUUCAGCCUCCAUUAAAGUCUCCCUUACUGAUUUUAUAACCAAUUAAUAACCAAUACUCUUCUUGGGUGAAGUAUUCCUUGAAGAAGUUUUUCUUAGAAGCCAACAGUGUUUUAAGAGGGGGGGGGGGAUUAUGUUUAGAAGCUUUUUAAAAAACAUUUUUACUCUAUAUACCUUGGUGUCCAGUCAGAAUUGGUGCCAUUCCCAAACCUCAACAGUCCUAAAAAAUGUCCCAUCGCUCCUGAAAUAAUUGACUCGCUGUGCAACUGUGUAAUUAUUACGCAGAAUUUUAUCAAAAGACAUCAUUUUUCAGAUUAAUUGGGUCUCGGGGGUGAUGGGUAGUCCCCCCCAUGGAAUUCACUCAAGGUAAUCUCUUCACAAAAAUUCACAUAAUAGAAGAGCAUUCAUUCUUAAUUCAGUUAUAAAAUGGCGGAAACCUUUUUCAAAGCAAGUAGACUUCCUCUUAACUGAGCAUGUUUUUUGUAAAUACCUAACUUGUGUGUAAAAUACCAAUGUACGGCCUUCAAAAGGUUCUUUGUGUCUCUUAAAUACCGUUUGUUGCCAAAGGAGGUCUUGUUAUUAAAGCUGCGUAUUAGGGGGUACAGUCGCACAUAAAAGAUGUGUUUUUGAGCUCCGCAACAGCCAAUCCAAACUAUUUGUAGCAGUGGAUUUUGUGUCAAUGGUAGCAGUCGUUGGUUCCUUCUUCAGGGUGCAUAUAAUGAAUAUUUCAGGAAAUACGCUAAAUGGCUUUCAUGCCGAGAGUUGAAUGAGAAGAUCCAUACGAGGCCUACAUGUUAACGAUUAACUAAUAACUUUAGAGGUGCUGGGAGGCAGAUUGUGUCACUGUUUUAGAGACCCAGGCUGGCUGUUUCCCUUUGUUUCUAGUCUUUACGCUAAGCUAAGCUACCAACGCUUGCUGGCCAUAGUUUCAUAUUUGGCGGACAGAUGUAAGAGUGGCAUCGAUCUUCUCAUCUAACUUUUGGUCCAGACCUUUUUUUUUUUUUUAGAAAAGGGAGGCGUCGCCACGUUGGAGAACGAGAGAAACGAACGUCAUCACUUUCUUAAGAGUUUGACUCUCGGGCCACAACAGACAGUUGGCCGAGUCCUCCAACCUGGUGCCAUGUGCGUCACAACUAUCGGUAACCCCCUGAUCAAUAUUCAGUGAUGGGUUUUUACUUUCUAAAAAGACUCCGCUUUAAUGUGUUUUCUUGUGUAUGAACUUGUAACUGGUUGAAAUCAUUUCGGUGCAGGCUAUUCAAUUGAUUGGGCACCAGGAUGAGACUCAAUAACUAAUUAAACUAGUAAACCGACACAAAUUCCUUAUUUAGAAACUGCUGCGGUGAGAUUAAAUGUGCCAGAGCGAGCGGUCGAACAAAUCAAAAAGUACACAUUUAAAGACUGAGGUCUCACGGUGUAGACGUGAUCCCGUUAGUCAAGUGCCCAUUUUUUGAGGAGUCACUUUUCCUGUCACAGACGUUCGUGUGUUUCAGAUGUCUUUUUAUAAUGUCUAUUUUGUCUGUAUUUUAAAAAAUUAAAUAUUUGCCAUCAGUA